AUGCAACAAACAACGUUAUACGAUCUUAAUCUACGUGUAUUACAUAAGCAUUAUCCAUCGAUUAUAUCAAUACUUGCAAGUUCACCAUAUGUUGUACUUUAUUCAUUCUCAGAUUCAAAAAAAACUUGGACUAAGGAACACUGUGAAGGAACAUUAUUUAUAUUUUCAACGAAUAAAGGUUAUAGUUACACAAUUUUAAAUCGGCUUUCAUUGGAGUCAUUUUCAGCAAAUUUAAUUUAUCCGGAUGACCUUGAAUAUUCAGAUCCAUAUAUUAUUCAUAAAAUCAAUAAUAAUGAAAUCUAUGGUCUUUGGAUUUGGGAAGCAUUUGACCGGCAAAAAAUAUCAUCAGUUAUGAUUAAUUGCGCUAAACGUAAUGUCAAUAGUUAA